AUGCUUCAAAACGAUGUCCUUCAUCAAUCUUCUUGUGUUGAUACACCAGCUCAAAAUGGUGUUGCAGAACGCCACUUAAAAAAUCGCCACUUACUACUUGCUUCCUCGUUAGGUGGUUCACGUAACAUUCCCUAUACUAUUCUUUUCCCUUCAAAAGCACUUUUGUUUCAAAUCCGAAGAAGUGUGUCCCUUGGCUACUCUCGAGUUCAAAAGGGCUCGAUGUUUCUCUCCUCUCUUAAUCGUUAUCUCCACCUUUCAGGAAUCGAUUCUAUACUCCAUCCCACUUGCCUCUCUCUUCAUGCUGGUGUACCCUCCCGCUUCGGCUUCGGCUCGGCUCCUGUGCCACCACCCUUGUCUCGUGUCUACACAAGACGUUCCAAGGAGACCAAUAUCACCAUCCCAGAUUUCGGCCCUCCAGUGUCUGCUUUGUCUUCAGAUCCUGUGUCGAGCAUCUCUCAUCCUGAGCUUCCACCUCUCUCCAACUCCGAGACACCUCCUGUUCCUGAUCCAGAUCCUUCACUUGACUUGCCCAUUGCUCUUCGCAAAGGCAAACGCAGUUGCACCCAUCCUAUUUCCUCAUUUGUUUCUUAUAACCACCUUUCCCCUGCCUCUCGUGCCUUUGUCUCUUCUUUAGAUCUUAUUUCCUUACCUAAGACCCUUCAUGAAGCUUUAACCCACCCGGGUUGGCGUGCUGCUAUGGAAGAGGAGAUGGCGGCCCUUGACCGGGCUGGCACUUGGACCUUAGUGGAUCUACCGGUAGGAACGAAAGCUAUUGGCUGCUAUGCUCAGACCUAUGGUGUUGAUUACUCUGAAACUUUCUCCCCUAUUGUGAAACUUUCCUCCGUUCAUCUUUUCAUCUCUAUGGUGGCAACCUAUGGCUGGGAUCUCCAUCAAUUGGAUAAAAAGAAUGCUUUUUUACAUGGUGAUCUUCUUGAAGAAGUCUAUAUGGAGCAACCACCAGGCUUUGUUGCUCAGGGGGAGCGUGGAAAAGAAACUGGAAAGUUAGGGGUUGCGCCAAACAGUUUUCCUAUGAUUUAUAAUCUACUCCUUGAUGCCGAUGGAAGCAUACCAUCUGAGAAUCCCGUUGAUGCUGCUAAGAGCAAGCCAUUUGAGAACCCGGAGAGGUAUCGAAGAUUGAUUGGAAAACUGAAUUAUCUUACUGUGACCCGUCCUGAUAUCACCUAUCCAGGGUCUCUAGGUUGUGGGAUAUUAUACAAAAAUCAUGGUCAUACAGAUAUUGAGUGCUUUUGUGAUGCUAAUCAUGGUGGUUCAAAGGCCACAAGAAGGUCUACUACAGGAUAUUGCGUCUUUGUGGGAGGAAAUUUGGUGUCCUGGAGGAGCAAGAAGCAGAAUGUGGUGUCACGAUCAAGUGCAGAGGCAAAAUAUAGAGCUAUGGCAUAA